AUGGUCAAACAUUCCAUUAUGUGGUUUGUGUUCCAAGUGGUCAAACGGACACAUUUCUAUUUCAGAAGAACCUUUUCGUCGUAGUCUCACAGAUGGCUUCUGCAGUACAUUUGAGUGCACACAGCUCACUCCAAUUCUCUAUUCCUCCACUCUCUCGACGCAAUGGUGUUCGUGUGCACCCACUACGAAUAUCCAAUAAUCAGGGAAGGGAACCUCCUUUAUUCAUAGAAUUUUAAAUAAAUAUUUUGAAUUUAUCA